CGAAUGUAUGUGAGGUUCCUCCUGCUCUCCAGGCCGCCGAGCCGCCCUCCCCCGGCCCCUGCUCAGCGGCAUGAGUGGCCCGCGGUGCGCGCUGUGCCGCGGCUGGCUCCCGGCGCUGCUGCUGCUCCCGGCGCUGCUGCUGCUGCCGGCACUGCCGGCCGCCCGCCUGGCCCGCGGCGCGCAGCCCGUGCUCUGCGCCCCCUGCACCCCGGAGAGGCUCGCUCUGUGCCCGCCCGUCCCGCCCGACUGCCCGGAGACUGCCCGGCAGCCCGGCUGCGGCUGCUGUCAGAUCUGCGCCCUCGGGCCCGGGCAGCCCUGUGGGGUCUACACCGCCCGCUGCCGCAGGGGACUCCGCUGCCACAUCCCCGCGAGGGAGUCCCGGCCGCUCUCCGCCCUCAUCCAGGGGCACGGGACGUGCUUGCCCGCCAGCGAGGUGGAAGGGAUGCGUACCGAAGAGCCGGCAGGUACCGCGCCACCGCGUCCCCGCUCCGCGCCGCCUCACGGGCCAGAUUCUGUAGAACCUGAUGAUAUGCCUCUGGAAAGCACUGAAAUAACACAGGAUCAGCUGCUGAACUAUCAGUUGAUGUUUCCCAUAGGCCAGGAUAAAUCCAUUCCCUGGAAUUCCAUCACUGCAUAUGAAAACAUGAAAGCAAAGAGAAUAUCUGAACUCAAGAAAUUGAAAGAGCAGGGUCCUUGUCAGAAAGAGCUCUACAGAGCCCUGUAUAAAUUGGUGAAGGCUCAGCAGAGAAGCAGAGGGGAGAUUUACAAAUUUUACUUGCCCAACUGCAACAAGAAUGGAUUUUACCACAGCAAACAGUGUGAAACUUUGCUGGAUGGAGAAUCUGCUGAAUGCUGGUGUGUCUAUCCCAAAAACGGCAGAAGAAUUCCUGGAUCUCCAGCAAUUAAAGGAGACCCAGAAUGCCAACAGUAUCUCAGCUCACAAGAAUAAAACUAAACCCCAAGGUUUUUCACACCAAGUUUUCUGUGGGGCCUGUUAUAGUCAGGAACCAUUCCAAUCAGGAGCCAUUUCACUGAGGUAAUCUUGUGCACCUGAUUUUGAGUGUAUGAGUAACCCCAUAAAGUAACAUUUUUACUGCACUGAGAUUGCCUACAUUUUUAAGUGACAAAUGUGAGCUACUUCAAGAUCGAAUCCUAUAAUCUUGUAUAUUUUGUUUGUAUAAUAUUAUAUAUACCCUCAUAUGUAAAGCUGAUGAAUUAUUUAUUUCGCACUGCAUGUAUUUUUGUCUCUAUGUCUUGUUACUAAUUUAUAUUCUCAAACACUUCAUAACUUUAUAUUUAAAUACUUAAUAUUAUUGUGCUUAAAUAUAUGCAUCGUGUUGGAGGAAUGCCACAAAGCCUUCAAAUGGCGUAGCUAUUGGAAAAAAUUGGCUUGUAAACUUGCAUUUUUGUACUAUGUAUUUAUAGACGUAAAACUGAAUUUUUAAAAAUAGAUUUCAGUAGAAAGCAUGCUUAGACACUUAUUUAAAACAUGUUUUGUUAACAUAUUAUGUUACUUUUGCACCUCUGUUUCAAUGCCAGUCUGUUUCUUAAAAAAAUAUUAUAUACCAAAGCUCCUGAUGGGACAGUAUUUGAAUAUUUUUUUAAACAUAUGCACUGGAAAAAUGGCAAAACACAAUAUGAUAUUCUGCACUACCUUUGAUAAGCAUAAGUCGUUCAUGAUGUUAACGAUAUUAUUUAAAACAAGCUAUUAAAAGUCUUCUGCUCUGC